AUGAGGGUGUGUGUCGUCCUGAUGUGUGUGUUCUGUCUCUGGUGGAGGACUGAGGCCGACCCCAGAUCGUAUCUGGUCACGGCUCCUCUCUCUCUGCGUCUGGACUCCUUGGAGACGGUGCUGGUGCAGUUGUUUGGUUUCACUGAGGAGGUGAGCGUCUACGUGUUCUUGAAGACCUCCAUGGCCCCAGAUCAAGUGGUUCUAGCUAAAGAGGUCGUGACCUUGAACGCCCAGAACAACCACCAGGCCGCCGCCAGUGUCCGGCUGCACCCAGGUGAGCUGGACAAGUCUGUGAAUCACGUGAUCCUCCACGUCCAAUCAGCAGAGAUCAAUGAGCACCUGUCCAUCCCUGUCAGCCGCUCCAACGGGUUCCUCUUCAUCCAGACGGACAAACCACUGUACACCCCGCAUCAGAGCGUCAAGGUGAGGGUGUUUUCUCUGAACCAGGAGUUGAGGCCGGCAAACCGCAGCGUCUUCCUGACCUUCAAGGACCCGGAUCACACCACAGUGGACAUCGUGGAGAUGUUCGACAUCAAUAAUGGAAUGCCGUCCAUGCAGAACCCGUUUAAGAUCCCCAUCAAACCAAAGUUGGGGAUUUGGACCAUUGAAGCGGCUUACUCUGAUGAAUUCACCACGACAGCAAAAACAGACUUUGAAGUGAAAGAAUACGUCCUCCCCAGUUUCUCCAUCGAGGUGGAACCAGAAGUGAACUACAUCAGCUACGGACAGUUCACCAACUUUAACUUCAAGGUGUCUGCCAGGUAUCUACACGGGGCGCCGGUGGCAGGUGGAGAGGUGUUCCUGCGUUAUGGCUACGUUACCGGGAAGAGUUCUCCAGUCAUCAUCCCCAGCUCUGUUUCCAGAGAGAGAUUGUCUCCAACAGGUGAGGUGGACGUGACUGUGAACAUGGAGAAGGUCAUGUCCAAACACAGCGUACCAAAGGACCUGCUCAGUUUAGUGGGGAGCUACCUGUACAUCGCUGUCCUGCUGCACGAGGACACAGGUGGUAUCAGUCAGGAGGCGGAGUUUGCUGUGGUGAAGUUCGUUGAAUCGCCCUACAGGCUAAGUCUGGUGUCCACGCCGCCCUUCAUCAAACCUGGACUUCCUUAUAACAUCCAGGUGUUGGUGAAGGAUCACCUGGACCAACCGGUGAACCGGGUUCAGGUUCGCGCGGUGGAGCAACAGGUGUUCAGUCGGGGGGGAGAGAGUGAGGAGCUCUCCGGUUCUAACAGCGCCGUCAGCCAAUCAGACGGGCUCGCUUUCUUCAUCUACAGCAUCCCGGGAGGAAAAACCAGAGCCACACUGAAGUUUGAGACAGCAGACCCCACCCUCCCAGCAGCCAGUCAGGCCAGUCUGACACUGGAGGCGACGGCCUAUCAUUCCCCUAAUGAGCGUUACAUCUACAUCGACCCACCGCUCUCCGGUCUGGAGGUGGGACAAUACACAAACAUCAAGGUGUACUCGGCCACGCCGUCCCACGUUCCCCUCAGAGCCCUCAGCUACCUGGUGGUCUCUAAAGGUAAAGUGGUGACGUUCGGCAAUCAGAAGGUCAUCUCCAACACUCAGAAUCUGAACUUCCAGGUGACCGCCUCCAUGGUCCCGUCCAUCAGGCUGCUGGUCUACUACAUCCUGUUUGGAGAGGGGACGUCUGAGCUGGUGGCGGACUCAGUCUGGCUGGACGUCAAAGCCAAAUGUGUCAACGACCUCCAGGCUGAUCUGUCAUUUCGUGAGCUGAGCUAUAAGCCAAAGGAUAAUCUGAACCUGGACAUCAAGACCAACCAGGACGGUCUGGUGGCUCUGUCUGCUGUAGACACCGGCCUCUUCACCCUACGGACGAACUUCAAGGACCCUGUCAGCAGGGUUCUGCGUCACAUCGAGGCGAGCGAUCAGGGCUGCGGAGGAGGCGGAGGCAUCGACAGCGCAGACGUCUUCCGAUUAGCCGGCCUUACCUUCAUCACCAAAGCCAACGCAAGACCGUCAUCCAGCAAUGCGGCGUGCACCGCGGUGGUACGACCAAAACGAGCUCUGACUGAAGAGGCGAAGACGAAGAAAGCUCACACUUUUGGUCGUUUCAAGAGGUGCUGUGAAAAUGGGAUGAUGUACCUCCCGAGGGCCAUGACCUGCGAGCAGUUAGCCAAGCAGUUGAGACACGUCCACUGCAGAGCGGCUUUCCAAUCCUGCUGUGAGUUCCUCCUGCAGCACCUGGAACAGGACAAUAGCCUCACCCUUGGACGCUCCGCAAUGGGUGCAAACUUCGACCUGGCUCCUUCUCUGGUGCGGAGCUACUUCCCUGAGAGCUGGAUGUGGGAGGUGCAGCGCGUCAGUCCACGCAAGCUGUCCAUCGCGAGGACUCUUCCAGACACUCUCACCACCUGGGAGAUCAAGGCCGUCAUGAUGUCCAAGAACGGUAUUUGUGUUGCAGAGCCGGUUCAGGUGUCUGUCUCGCUGCCCCUCAGUGUGGACGUCCCGCUGCCCUAUCAGGUGGUCAGAGGAGAACAGCUGGAGCUGAGAGGCUCAGUGUACAACCAGCAGGCCGACAGCAUCCAGUACUGUGUGACGCUGACGGCCGGCCCGGCGCUCUGCCUGCUGCAGUCCCAGCCGUCUACGGAAGGGUCCGGGCUACACACGACAGCCUGCACCUGGAGCCGCCUGACUGCAGAGGGCGUGGGGGCGGUGACCUUCACUGUGCUGGGCCUGGAGCCUGGAGAACACACCCUGACCUUUACCCUGAAGACACGCGGUGGAGAGAAAGACAUCGUGGAGAAGAAGCUGCGAGUGGUGCCUGAAGGAACGAAGAAGGAGAGCUUCUCUGGAGGCAGACUGGACCCACAGGGACUCUACGGUUCGGAGAAAAGAGUUGUGGAGCUGAAGUACAAAGUGCCUGCAAACAUCGUCCCCAACACGGCUGUGGAGAGCAUGCUGACCAUCAAUGGUGAGGUUCUGGGUGACGCCAUUUCAGUGGUACACGACCCCAAAGGCCUCCGACAGCUCGUCAACCUGCCCGCAGGGUCAGCGGAGGCAGAGCUGGGUGGAAUCCUCCCCCUGAUUCAGGUGUAUAAGUACCUGGAGACUACAGGGAGCUGGGACACCCUGGGAGAAGACAUCCAGAAGAACUCUGCAGAUCUGAGGCAGAGGAUCAAAGACGGUCUGGUCAGCAUCAGUUCAUUCAGAGCUGUAGACUGCAGUUACAGCAUGUGGGCAAAGAGGGAACCCAGCACCUGGCUGACCGCUAUGGUGGUGAAGACCCUCUCUGUGUUGGACCCGGUGAUCCCAGUUGACCAUCAGUCCCUGUCAGAAUCCGUGUCCUGGUUGAUCUACAACAGGCAGCAGACAGAUGGAUCCUUCACCGACCAGUCCUCCUUUAGACCCAACAAAAUCAUGGCGAAGGGGAUGGAUGCUGUCGACCAAUCAGUGUAUCUGACGUCUUUCGUGCUGAUUGCAUUACACAAAGCGACAAGAAUAAAGGACCAGAUCCUGCAGCUUCGAUUCCACGAUGACAGCAUGAGUUCUGCCGCAAACUACAUUUCCAAGCAUGCCUUGGGUUUGAAGAGUAUGUAUGUGCGUGCGGUGGCAACCUACGCUCUGACCCUUAAUGACCCCAACAGCGUGACGGUGUCCUCACUGAUCCUCAGCUUGGAGAACCUCGCCCAACAGAAAGGUCACCCUGCCUCACUCAGGUAUUGGCAGGAGCCCAGUGUGACGGCUGAUUGGCUGAAACCUGACCAAUCCAGCGGGCUGACAGUGGAGAUGACGGCGUAUGUACUGCUGACUAUGCUGCUCAAGGGAAGAAUCCCAUAUGCAAACCCCAUCUUGACCUGGCUGACCCAGGAUCAGCACUAUGGCGAGGGUUUCUAUUCUAUACAGGACACAGUCUUAACUCUGGAGGCUGUCACAGAGUACAGCAGAGUCAUCCCUCGAGCUGUCCUCAAUCAGGACAUCAAUGUCCGCUUCAGCAGAUCUGGAGAACUGAGGCGAAUCCAGCUCAGCCAGAGUCGCUCUGUGGCCAGACCCAUCCAGGUGAUGAAGAAUGACGUCAUAACUGUGUCGACAGGCUAUGGGAGGGGCGUGUCCAACGUGAAGUUGAAGACAGUCUACUACGAGAUCGCUUCGUCCUCAGAUGGAUGUAACUUUGACAUCACAAUAGAGCUGGCGGGCCCUGGAUCAUCUAACAAUCCUAGCACAAACUCUCCUCACCUGGUCGCCUGUGCAAAGUAUAAACCUCCUCCCAAUGAGGUGUUCACAGAGUCCACCCUGACAGUGAUGGAGAUUCAGAUGCCGACAGGUGUAGAUGCGUUCCUGGAGGACCUGCGGCAGUUCAGAGACUCAGAUGAGCCGAUCAUCUCGCACUAUGAACUCCGAGGAAACACUGUGGUGAUUCAGAUGGAAUCGGUUCCCUCUGACAUGUUCAUGUGCGUCGGUUUCCGGAUCAGGAUUGGGUUCAACGUGAGGGGGGUCAGUGAGUCGCUGUUCAGUGUCUAUGAGCCUCAAGACAAAGGCAGCAUGUGCACCAAACCGUUCUCCUACGUGCAGCAGAAGCUGCAGCGCUUCUGUGUGGAGGAACAGUGUCAGUGCAUGACAGCCGCGUGCCCUACCUACAGAGCAACAUUCGAUUCAACUCUGACAGCAGUCAAACGAAUUGAAGAGACCUGCCAGCCUCACAUCAAGUACGCCUACAGGGUGACAGUGACGUCUUCAGCAGCAGAGGGAGACUUCACGACAUACACAGCCACCGUAGAUGAAGUCCUGAAGAACACAGAUAAAGAUUUUGAAGCAGUGACUUUAAAAUCAGAGGUGUAUCUGAUUCAAAAGGUCACCUGCAAUGCUGUCAACAUCCAGAACAACAAACAGUACCUCGUGAUGGGAGCCAGGGGGUCAGAGGUCACGCUGAAUCAGGGCUACAAGUAUCGCCUUACUCUGGACUCGGAGGCGUUGGUGGAUCUCUGGCCGAAAGACUGUAGUACUCCUGAGUGCUCGGACUACAUAGCCCACCUUGAGGACUUUGCUCUGGAGCUGCAGUUAUCCCGCUGUCCUGACUCAUUGUAACUCAACAGACUCACUUUUAGACUCAAUACUGAAGGAGAGUUUGUGAAGAGCUGUGAAGAUAAAAAAAUAUAGACUCAAAGUGAUAUCAGCUCAGGACAUGUCAGUUUGAAUGUAAACAUAUUCUAUUUCUUUUAUCAUUUCAUGAUCUGCUAAUAAAUCAAAUACACUGUGUGGUCUCAGUGUAACCUUUA